AUAAUCUUAAUUAACCGCAGUGCCAGUGUUCACUUCUUGUCCCUUAUUCAGAGUCCAUGGAGGAUCCGCUCAAACGUGUGGGUCAUCAUUUUCUAUAUGUAUAUAUAACAUAUGCAAGCAGGAAGUGAAGAUACUGGACAAAUCAUCCGACGGCACAGAUAUCUGAUGUCAGCUCUGUCUGAGCACGACAGCGUCCGUGUCAAUGCAUCAGGAGCAGGGUUUGAAUGCAAUGAAAGCAGCUUCUGGGAGUAGGAGUGAGAAGAACGUGUAUUUUAGAGCAGUCUAUUAGCUACAGUCACACAGUUCAGACACCGGAGCUGAUUCUAGGUUUAAUUUCACCUCAACAGAUCCCUCUGUGCUGCUACCUCAGUCUCAGAUCUCAAAAAACCUGCACCCUUGCGCAACCUUCCCAAGUGCAGUAGUUAAGAGACAAACUGGGCAUGCAUGGACACGUAACGAUUCCUCACAAACACAAUGAACUAUCUCGACCUGCAUCAGGUGAUAUUUGAAGGCGUCAUAAUGAAAACACUUGGACUUUCUGUCCACACCUUCUUCAACUGACACCAUUACGUUUCACUUCCUGUAUGGGACGAAGUGAAUUAUUACCUACUCCCACUAGACGUGUGUAGACGGAGCCAGCAUGACGAGCCACAGCGGAAUAACGUGUCUAAAAUAUCUCAUGUUUGUCUUCAACUUUUUCUUUUGGCUUGCAGGCACUGCUGUCUUCGCUAUCGGCCUGUGGCUUCGGUUAGACCCAAAGACCAAAGGCUUGUUUGAAGAAGCAGAUUCUCCAUUCGUGUUUUACACAGGUGUGUAUAUCCUGAUUGGAGCUGGAGCACUGAUGAUGGUGGUGGGUUUUCUGGGAUGUUGCGGAGCCAUCCAGGAGUCCCCCUGCAUGCUUGGAGUGUUCUUCUUCUUCCUGCUGGUCAUAUUUGCCAUUGAGGUUGCUGCAGGAAUCUGGGUGUUUUCCAACCAAAGCAAGGUGGUGAACGAUAUCACAACGUUCUACAUGCAGACUUACAAUAACUUCAAGACGACAGGAGAUGAACGACUCAAAGAAACUCUGCGUGUGAUUCAAACCGGGCUGAAAUGUUGUGGGCCAACUGGUUCUGUCGUCGAUUCUGCCAAAGACACCUGUCCCCGGGGAGACCCACUGGAGGUGCUCAUUACCAAGAGCUGCCCCGACGCCAUUGAUGAGGUGUUUGACUCCAAACUGCACAUCAUAGGAGGAGCGGGCAUCACCAUCGGUGUCGUUAUGGUGUUUGGGAUGAUCUUCAGCAUGCUCCUGUGCUGCGCCAUCAGGAAGUCGCGGGAGGUGGUGUGACACCCACCAUCGCAUCCCAGAGUCUUUAUUGAUUGUUGCAUGAUGUCAUUUGAGUCACGCGACUACCCCACUGCCAAUAGAAACACCACUUGUUCAAAGAAAAACUAGGCUGGGUGCAGAUCUCUCUCCGAUUAUUACGUAAUCCAUCCGUUGUAACUGUGCUGCUGACACUUGAACCCACCUUGUGAUGUGGUUACUGGGCCCAACUAUAGAAUGGCUCACGUCUAUUCUUCUUGGCAGUAUAGUGUAGAAAUGUGUCAUUUUGUGGUCCUUUGAUUGAAAUUAGUGUCUGUAAACUGCUACAAAAGAUCAUAUUAUUGUUUACCGAUCGCACUCUCACUACCGAACCGACGAGUCAUGGAUCAGGGCCACAGAAGACGGCAACCACAACCACCUCAGCACGAUACAGCAGCAGCCAAGGGAAUUAUUUUUCAUACAACAUCACAGUCGGACUAUGGUGACUGGUGGUCAAGUUCAAUGCAGAGCUGUCAACUGCGGCGAUAGAGUAGCACAUUAGUUCCCUCAGUGUUACAUUUUAUUUGUUCCCUUUUUUACUCAACAA